AUGAAUAGCUGCCUCAUCCUCAAAAGAAGUUUGCAGCCACACAUAACUGUUCGGCCCAACAAAACCAGAUGCCUUUGCGUCUAUGAACUUGGUGGUCGGUGUUCUCAAACGAAGCAAAGUGUUGAAAAUUUUAAGGAAUAUGCGAGUGGGCCCCAUGAAGGUCUGUUGUCAACUAAAACAAAGACAGGAAGAUGCAGUAUGAAUCAGGUAAGCGCUGAAAUAUUCGGUGAAGAGCUUCAUGGCACGCUUAAAGCUGGCGUAGCAGGUGGACUAAAAUCUUCGCAGGCACAAAAUUCGAAGAGCCAUGUUGACCACUUGCAGAGCGAGGUCGUCUGGACACACCGAGCUGCAGAAUGCACAUCCUUGGAAGUCACCGUAAAACCCAGCUCGCCAUCUUCAUCGCUCAGUUCCUGUCUAGGUGACGAUUCGACACAGCUGUCUGGUCCGCAGCUCAUUCCAACAGAAGCUUUAGUAGUAAAGUUUGUGGAUACCACAAACUACCCUCAGGAAGCAGGUGACGAACAGCUGAAAACCUGGAAGCUGAGACAGCCAGACAGGCAGGACCAGACUUCGGUGCCGUCCAACGUGGCCAAAAUUUGUCGCUCAAGACAACGAGGAUUGCCAAUUCCCGAUACACACGAGCCAUUCAGCUGCGAAAUACCUCACAGCCUAGUUAGUACAAAUAUCAACAUGGCACCGACUUUCAAUCCUUGGAACGUAAAGUCUCCAAUCACAGUGACUCGAAAUGCAGUUCGCACAGUUCGUAGCACCAAGGUUAAAAUAUUAAAGGAAGAGUCCCGUGACAGAGGAGUCAGUUGUCCUUCCUGCGUCUACAACCGAAAUUGA